AUGUGCCUCUCAUUAAUUCAUGCAUGUCAUGUGGUUGCAGAUAUGUUCGAGUCACUGAAUUUUCUAAAUGACUUAAAAUGUAAGGUUUUGCUCUAUAUGGUCAGGGUGAUGAGGGGUCUCUCCAUCAGUACUACGUCCCUCUUGAGCAUCAUCCAAGUCAUCACCAUCAGCCCCAGCACCUUCUACAUGUCAAGAUUUAAACAUGGACUCACAAAUUAUAUUACUCAGGCUUUCUUCUGUUUUUGGUCCCUCAACCUUUCUUUCAAUAGUAACAUGAUCAUCUACACUGUAGCUCAUUCCAACAUGACCAAACUACUCAAUGUCAGUAAGUAUUGCUCACUUUCCUCAAUGAAUUCUAUCAUCAUGGAAAUAUUUUUCACACUUGCAUUGUCCCAGAACAUCUUUGUAGGAAUCAUGCUACUCUCCAGUGCAUACAUGGUGAUUUUCUUAUCUAAUCAUCAGAGGAGGUGUGAGUACCUUCACAGCAUAAGUGUUACCCCAAGAACCUCCCCAGCAAAAAGGGCCACUCAUACUGUCCUGCUCCUGGUGAGUUUCUUUGUGAUCAUGUACUGUGUGGAUAUCACAAUGUCAUCUUUCUCAACUGUAUUGUGGAAAUAUGAUCCAGUUGUCCUGGAUGUCCAGAGACUUGUGGGAAAUGUGUAUGCCAUGGCCAGUCCUUUGAUAUUUUUUAGUUCUGAUAAAAGAAUAAUUGGUACUCUGAAAAAUGUGAUUGAUAUGACAAUUUUAACAAGUUGAUGAAACAAAUCUGAAAAGCUGAAUUCUAACUCUGUUAAAUAUUCAAAAAAUUAGGGAAUUUUAAUUUUAAUUUAAAUGUGUAGAAUUUUACUUGUCUUUUUACUUGUAACCUUUUUUUUUUUUUACUUUGGCAAUGCCUCCCUUAGUUCAAUGGUCUCCAUGUAUUGAAAUUACUUCUUAAACUUUCCAAACUUAAUGUAGGAUUUUUUUCCUUUAGACUUGGCAUCUAUGAAGCUGCUUUUGCUACCUAAUCCUUAGAUCUUACUUCAGAAGCGUUAACCUAAUAUUGGCAAGAACUAAUUGUCCAAAUUCAGGAUUUUAUCUUCAAUCAUCAUUUUUCCUCAUUGGCACUUUCACAACUCUACAAAAAUAAUCCUUCUGGAUAGUCUAUUUAAAUUGUUCUCCAUGGAUUAAAUCAUCAACAGUGACAGGAUUUCUUCUGUCUCCAUUGUGGUGUAUAAUUAUAGACUAUAAUACUGUAUAUACUCAAUAGUAGACCACCUCAGCUAUCUACUCUCAGGAUGAAGUUGGAAGAUGUCUGACAGUGGCCUGAACACACUUAUUUGUCUUAGAGACAACCUCAAGUAUUAGACUGUUGAACAGAUCCAACUGGCUGUAAAUAAUAAUGGAUAAUCUGAUCUCUAAUCUUAUAGUCUAGAUGUGUUUUACAAAUUAAGAGCUUUUAAUUCAAACCUAUAAAAAUAUGGUGCUUUACUUUAAGACUGCUUGCCCUCAGUACUUCCUGAGAGUAAUAAAUCAUUCUUUGAGUUAUGUCACUGAUUUCUAAUUAUAUUUAAAAUUACAAUUUAUGAACAUACAAGAUUUAUGAACAUGCAAGAUAAACAUCCAAAAUAAUUGUAAGAACAUGAAUGACUAUAUAAUGGAAAGUCAUCUGGAAAUAAGCACUGCUAUUUGGUCUUAUUUAUUUCACAUUCCUCCUCAGCACUCCAUGAAUAAUCAACUGGAAAUGCUGAGGAAGAAGUCAUACAGACAGUUUUGGUUUUGACAUUGAUUUCCAUACUUAAGAAAAAGCAUGGAAAUGUUAAAGGAAAUUUCACAUGCCUGUGGGUUGGCAUGGGGAGGAUGGAACACUUUUGAGAGAUUAAAAAAAGUAGCCAUGCAUAUUUUCAUGAAUAAAUUAUUUAUCAAAUUUUUCCAAACUGUGUUUUAAAUAUAUCAUUUUAUUGGCUCAAAUUCAUAUCAGAAAUACUUGUUCAUUUUUAGCCAGAAACUCCAUAGGUGUUAUAGAACACAAAAGUACACACACUAUGACUUACCCUUUUGUCUUAGCGUUUCAAUCUCCCAGGAAUGAAAGUUGCUUUAGGUUUCAC